AACAAUUCUGUCCCUCCAGUGUCCCUGACCUCCCUGAGUUGUACCUCCCAGCCCCUCCCUCGGCUCCACUGCCCUGGCCCUCCUCUUUCCCUGUGCCCACUUCUCUCAGGGCUCUCAGGUGCCCUACAAGGGGCUGAAUCCCAGACUGGGUUUUGUCUCCCAGGCUCAGACUUCUGGUGAUUCCCUGGCAGAUCCAUUCCAGAGCCCUCCCUAUCAAGUUUCCCUAGCUUCCCUCCCUCCUAGAUCAAGCAGUCUUUUGUCUAGAUAAUGCCUGUGUGCUGGGAAGAGGGGAUGCUGGGAGGGCAGAAUACCAGUUGGAUGGAGAGCUGUGACUCAGGGGCCACUGAGGCUGUGACUGGUCUCAUCCCAUCUGGGGGUGAACCCCUUCUGCCCCUUGGGUCUCUGUAGAAGGACUGGGAGAGGGGUGGGGCAGAAGGGGAGUAAGAGAGGGAAAGGAGUAAUCUUCCUUUUCAGACCAUUUUCAUUUGCAAGCCUGACCCUCCCAUAUCCUGCCUUCCCUCUGCUGGAGUAUCUCCCCUGUAGGCAGGGCCUGGGCCUUUGUAAUGCCCAUGAGACCUCAGCCUCCUGCCUAGGAAAGGAGAAGAAAGACCUCUUCCUCUCUGGGAUCCUUCUCCCUCCCCAGCUCAGUCUGCCUGGGACCUAGGACUGCCCCAAGCAGGACUGAGAGAAAAUGUCCCCUGGGAGCAGCAGACCCCCAGCCCAGGAGACAGUGACAUUCAAGGAUGUGGCUGUGGACUUCACCCAGGAGGAGUGGGGCCUCUUGGACCCUCCUCAGAAGGAACUGUACAAGGACGUCUUGCUGGAGAAUGUCCAAAACCUGCUCUCCCUGGGGUUUCCUGUUCCCAGAGAAGAUGUGAUCUCUUAUUUUGAGCAAGGGGAAACACCAUGGAUGCUGGAGCAAGAAGGCCUGAGGCACUGCUGUCCAGGACACAUCAGACUUGAAAUAAAAGAGACUUGUGCAGAGAUAAGUCUUUCUGUGGAAGAAACUCACCAGCAAAGAUGCAUGAAUAAUGAUCCCUCUGACUUUGCUAGGAGAGAAAUUUGUGCUGUAACACAUCAGAGAAUCCACAUUGGGGAGAAACCUUAUGAAUGUAAUCAGUGUGGAAAGACUUUCAGAUGGAGGUCUUAUCUUGUUAAACAUCAGAGAAUCCACACUGGAGAGAAACCUUUUGAAUGUAAUCAAUGUGGAAAGACUUUCAGAUGGAGGUCUUAUCUUGUUAACCAUCAGAGAAUCCACAGUGGAGAGAAACCUUUUAAAUGUAAUCAGUGUGGAAAGAUUUUCAGAUGGAGAUCCCAUCUUGUUCACCAUCAGAGAAUCCACACUGGAGAGAAACCUUUUGAGUGUAAACAAUGUGGAAAGACUUUGAGAUGGAGGUCUCAUCUUGGUAAACAUCAGAGAAUGCACACUGGAGAGAAACCUUUUGAAUGUAAUCAAUGUGGAAAGACUUUCACAUCAAGGUCCCAUCUUGUUAACCAUCAGAAUAUCCACACUGGAGAUAAACCUUUUGAAUGUAAGCAAUGUGGAAAGACUUUCACAUGGAAGUCUUAUCUUGUUAACCAUCAGAGAAUCCACACUGGUGAGAAACCUUUUGAAUGUAAUCAAUGUGGAAAGACUUUCACAUGGAGGUCCCAUCUUGUUAACCAUCAGAGAAUCCACACUGGAGAGAAACCUUUUGAAUGUAAGCAAUGUGGAAAGACUUUCACAGCAAAGUACCAUCUUGUUAACCAUCAGAGAACCCACACUGGAGAGAAACCUUUUGAAUGUAAUCAAUGUGGAAAGACUUUCACAUCAAGGGACCACCUCGUUAAACAUCAGAGAAUCCACACUGGAGAGAAACCUUUUGAAUGUAAGCAAUGUGGAAAGGCUUUUACAUCAAGGUCCCAUCUUGUUAACCAUCAAAGAAUCCACACUGGAGAGAAACCUUUUGAAUGUAAUCAAUGUGGAAAGACUUUCAGAUGGAGGUCCCUUUUUGUUAAGCAUAAGACAAUCCACACUGGAGAGAAUCUUUUAAAUGUAAUCAAUGUGGAAAGACUUUCCAAUGGAGGUUCCAUCUUAUUAAACAUCAGAGAAUCCACACUGGAGAAAAACCUUAUGAAUGUAGUAACUGUGCUAAAGCCUUCAAUAUAAAGUCAGCCCUUGUUUCUCAUCAGAGAAUUCAUAGGAAAUGGGAAUAUUAUAACUUGUAUGAAUGAGAAAAGGCCUUGCAAUGGAGUACAGAGCUUCUUUCACAGCAGAAAAUUCACUCUGGGUAUAAGCCAUCUAUGGACUCUGUGAGAAGGCCUUCAGCCAGAGAUCCUCUCUUAUCUUCUCAUCAGAGGAUUCAUGCUGGAAAGAAACCUUAUGAAUCUGCUCAUUGGGGACAAGCUUUUUCCUGGAACAUUGAGGUUGUUGGUAAAGGUUAAGUUUUUUUGUCUGAUCGUAACAGAAUGGUGAAAUAAAAGGAAAUAAUGCAUGUCAGUCUUCCAGUUUGCAAAAGAAACAAACAAAAAAAAGGAGGCAAUCGAGUCAUGGACUGCUGGAUUGUGUGAAAAGAACGCAUCUGGAUGUUCUCAGAAAUAGAAUAUCUUCAGAAUGAGAAAAAGGAUUUUUGUCAGUAUCAUGUUGACUGGGGAACAAUGUUUGGUGAAGGGAAGACAUAAGCAUUAUUUGACCAAGGGUAUAAAAAUUGGGGGAAUUUGGGGGAAUUUUGUGGUCUCCUACAGGUCACCUAUGUGUAUCAGCCUACAUUAAGGUUAUGUGCGUGUGACAAUCAAGAAACUUCUCAUUAAAUUUCUGCCUCUUGAUUUUUGUGACUCACCAAUCACAGUGAUGAGGAAUGGAUUCCCAUGAUGGCCUUGGGUAGAGCAGAACCAUUGUAGAAAAAAGCAGCCACUAGUAGGCAGGUAAGAGGCCCUGUGAUUUCUAUCUAAACAGCCUCCCAUGUUUGCUCCUGCUCCUCCAGCCUGGAAGGGGAACCUAAAAAAACUAAAUUCCAUAUAAGGUGCAUCUGGACUGAUUGUCACAGUCAAAGAGACCUUCAGGGACUCCUAGGGGAGAUAAUUUUGUGUUUUGGUAAAUCCAAAGUGAACUUUACCUUUAGCCUUAUCAGCCAAAGGGAAAAGAGUGUAAAGAGAAUGAAAACUUUUCUGUGGACCUUUAAAAGUCUUUAAAAAGAUAAUAGUCUCAAUGCAGAAAUAUGUUUAAUGUGAUUGUACAUAUAUAACCUAUAUCAGAUUGCUUUCUGUCUUGGG